AUGGCACACUUCACAGACCAACAUGGGCCUUAUAGACCGAAAUCACCCAUUACCUCGUGGCAGAAGGGUCCCAUACGGGCAUCUUCCUGGCUGUCACUUCGAGCCUGGCGGGCGCUCCUCACAAGGGUGCUUCUCGGAGAAUUGCAAUUGCACGAUUCAAGUUACUGGGCAGUUGCGAACCCAAAUAAACUCAACAUGACAGCGUUGUAUAGCAUUGCAGCAAGCUGCUUGUUUUUCCGGAUGCUCUUUGCAGAUGUGCCAACGAAGUUGGCAAGAUGUGGAGACAUGACGCCCGCAGUGUUAUUCGUCUUUCCUCGAGCAGGCCUGCCCGGUUCCGCCAGGCUUAUUGUUGCCGUUCAACAUGUCCUGCGUAAACUGAAGCUCAACGGCGAAGUCUGCUCCGUACUUGAUGACAUGCAAUAUCAUGGGGGCCGCAUCGACUUGAAGCAGACCUCCGUGGUAGGCUCGGAUGUCGACAAAACACAACUUCUGAUAUGCACACUCCUCUGCUCUACCAGCCGCAGAGUGCGUGAAAAACAAAGUCCUUCUAGGACACCUUCUAGGAGAGCUUCUUCAAUCGGCUGUCACCUUUACGAUAGAGAUACUAUGGUCAACGUCGCUGCCGAGCCAUUCAGGGCUCUCGGUUCUAUGCAGGGUGCACUAUGCAGUCUCGCCCCCAAUAGACCGAUCUCCUACGACGACAGCGGCGCGCAGGGGUAUAUGCAUCCGACCGCGCAGUUCUAUCCUCAACUCGGUUCAACUCGCAUCAACUUAGCAGCAACAAGAUAUCCAUACGGUGGGUUGAACCGCUCAGAUCAAGUUGGUUCCCCAUGCCGACUCCCGACUCCUGUUGCGGCUUGCCCCGUCUGCACAGCUGUGGUCCUGUGGAUGGUUCGACGAAAAUGGAGCGGAAGGCAAUGUGGCUUCCCAGCCUCCAUUAUCGGAGCAUGCAAGACAUGCCUUGAUGCCCAGCACCAGGCUAGAAAUUCAUCCACAUCGGGGCUCUUGCUGGGCCUGACAGAUCCAACAUACGCUUUGGAAGGGGUCCAGCAAGCUUUGUCCACCGCUAAUCUCACUACGUCGCACUUUGACUUCAGUGGGAACCAACUUGACAUGUUGUCGCAAGCGACGUCGUGUUCUAGAACGUCCAGCGCGUGCGAUGAUAUUGCAUGGUGGUAUUUGCCCGCGAUCCCAAGGCAUCGCCAGCAUCCAUACGUUUACCUUGAGACAAUAAGCAAGCGGUUAGCUACUGGGAGGCUGAGAGCGAUGAGAGAAACACGCCGAGGGAAGCUCAAAAAGCUCAUUGUUAUAACCUGGGAUGGCCGGUAUCGCAAAUGUAUUUCACCGCACAAGCACCGCGGCGGCGGUUUCAACCUACCAAACAGCCUUCUCGAAGAAUUGUCGGACCUGAGCCGAUGGCUCUCUGCUAACACCGGCGCGAUGUGCUCCGUAGUUCGAAAGUUAAUGUGGAUGGCGGUGAGUCGGAAGGAGGUGGACCUCAAAGUCCCCGGCAACGCCACCACAAAAAUGGGCAACGGCUCCCUGGCUUGGUUCCCUGCUGGCAUGCAUCUGCUAAUCGACAGAGAAGCGAGCGGCCCGGCAAUCUCGGUCAAAUUGCGUGCCCCCCACCGUCACCAACCUGCGGGUUUUUGUCAGGAAUCGCAGAGCUCUCGGCCGAGGAUCGGUGCCUAUGUUCGUCACAAGUUGUGGAACAAUCUUGUUGCGUCGCUCCUGGGUGCCGUGCCGGAUCCAUCGUGGUUCCAAGGGUCCAUCGGGCAAAGUCGGCCGACCUGCGAGCUUCAGGCUUCAGUUGGUUGCCGGUUCUCAAAAGUGUCGGAUAUUAACGACCAUGGUUUUUCGGAGGAGCGAAGAGCGACAAGCGCAUGGUCGAUCAAGUCUGAAAAGGGUUGCGUCCGCCGUGAAACCCUCGACUGCACCGGGCAGGGAGCAUGCCAGCUGCGACCUCGAUUCCUGUGGCGCGAAGUCACGGCCUCCAUGCUUCAGGGGCGCAUGUCCUCCACCAUGACGCCUACCACGGUUCCUAGGCGGUUCGACUUCGGGCCAAUUAACCCUUCUUGGGGUUGUGGUGAUUUGAUGGUCGAAUUCUCCUGCCCUCUCCACUGCCUGUCUAUCACGGCGAACCUCUCUGAAGCGGUUCCUAGCCCAAGAGAUUCGUAUAGCAAUGCGAUGCCGCCAGAGAUCGGCUCGCGUGCGCAAUCGUCUCCCUGUCGCGGUAUCACUGACUUAUCUGCCUUGUCUAUCUCUCCUCUAUCUUCUCCUCGGACCUGCCCUAUCUGCCAAAAGAUCAGGGCGUGCUGUGCGUAUCUGCGAGGCAUUCCCCUCUUAUCUCCAGACUCUUUGGUUGCUGCUCGCGUGCCCACCCUUGCCGCACGCGCACAUGUACGAUGUUAUGCAUGUUUGGCGGCGGGAGGGGAGUGGAUGGAGGCAUUUUUCUUCUUUUCCAAGUCGCACCUUCUUAUCUGGAAGAUGGGCGGUCUGGGCGGGAACGAGGGGCCCCUUAUCUUUUCUCCAGGUUUUCCUUUCCCCGGAUAUCGCUUGCCGUUGACGGUUUUUGCCGAUCCGACGCUCCUCGAACUGCCUAGUGACCUACGAAACGACUAUUUGAAACUUCUUCACACCGAACAUGUGAGCACCUUUCCGUAUGAGGGUUGGAUGGAUGAUGGUGGUCAAUUCGAAUGGGACGCGAGGUCGAUAUACCAACGGGAGGUUUCUAUGGUUCCUUUCGAUGUCGAGGACGACUUCGAAUGCGCUGGCUCCAUCCUGCUACUACGUGGUCGGCCCGGCCAGUCGUCGGAGCGCGGUUUGCUGUUGCCUCUCUCUCGGGUUGACGAGAUCCUGGGCGAACGAAGUAUGUCGCAGGUUAUUCGGACUGUCCUAGCUGAUUACCGCCUUGGAGAGGUCUUGGGGAGUGGUCUCUGUUGUAUCGCGACUCGUGGUACACAUCGUCACCUUCACUUUGCUAUACAAUACUCGACGAGCACUACUUACCUAGGAACACACAGUCCCAGAAACGAUGUCGACCGUGUCGUGGGGGGCAGAUGCCUUUGUACACGUACCACCCCUCUCGGACACAUGAAGUUGGACUACGGCUCUACGAUCACUGAAGAGAGGAGCAGGCCAGGAUUCUCGUGUGCCUGGGAGAAACUAGCAUGCGGACAGCAGAUCGUUAUUCAGUAA